CUGAUGAUGAGAAGCAAGAAGGAAAAAAAUGGAUUUUGGGUAGUUUGAAGUCGCGUUGUCUUGGAUUUUCGCCAUAAGAUCUAAUUUUUUUUAAUUUUUGGGCAUUCUCUGAUUCUCUCCCUCCGGUAAGAAAUUCAAAAUUUUCUUUUAAUCUGCCCUCUUUUUGGAAUAUUUUCAAAGUUGAUUUCUUGCUUAAAUCCCACAUUUCCUUGGGCCCUCAAAUUUGCAGAAAAAUCUUUCUUGGUCGUGUGAUUUUUCUGUUUAAUAUUGGGGAUUUUGUUGAAUGCUUUAGGCCGUAAUUCAGAUUUGACCAAAGCCCUGAUCUUUUGUGCUUGAUUGUUUGUGAUCUUAGGGUUUUUGGGUACUAGGGUUCAUUUCCAAAAUCAUUGUGUUUUUUUUAUGGCAUUUCUGCACUUUCUUUGGUUAGGGCUCGUCUAACUUCCUUCCAAUAACAGUGAAAACCUAUUGUUUUUCGUUCUUGGAAAAUUGUGGAAUUCAGUGAUCAGAAUAUGUUAUUGGGGGAUAGUUUAUUGGUUGAUUAUGUGAAUGUUGAAUCUUGAUAAUAUUGUGGUGGAUACUUGAAAUCUAACCCAAAUAGAUAUUGUCAGUUGGAUAGGACAACGAGUUUUGGUAGUCUAAGGCUUCAGUGUCUAUGGCUAGUGUUGCUCUUGGUCCUUUUUAUGAAGAUCAUUGGAAUUUUCCGGGUUGUUAUUCGGCUAAACAUGGUCCCCAGUCAAGUGAUUCUAUCUUAAUUUAUCUAACUGUUGGUGGUUCUGUAAUUCCAAUGCGAGUUCUGGAGUCAGAUUCAAUUGCUUCUGUGAAACUUAGAAUUCAAUCACGCCAAGGGUUCUUUGCAAAAAAGCAGAAACUUGUCUUUGAUGGGAAAGAAUUGUCUCGGAACAAUUCGUGUGUUCGGGAUUAUGGGGUUGCUUAUGGGAAUGUGCUGCAUUUGAUUCUUCGGUUGUCUGAUCUCCAAGCUAUCACUGUCCGAACUAUGUGUGGUAAGAAGUUUGAAUUUUGUGUUGAGAGAAAACGGAAUGUGGGAUAUGUGAAGCAGCAAAUUGCUAAGAGGGAGAAUGGUUUUUUUGAUCUCAAGGAUCAGGAGUUGUUCUGUGAUGACGAGGAGCUUGAAGAUCAGAGGAUCAUAGAUGAUAUAUGUAACAAUGGUGGUGCAGUGAUUCACUUGUUGGUCCGUAAAUCGGCCAAAGUUAGGACAAAGCCUCUUGAAAAAGAUUUUGAAAUUUCAAUUGUUGCACCAGACGUGGAGAAGGUAGCUGAUGCAGUAGAUGUUGUAGAUUCUUGGAGGGGGAUGCAGAAUGACACACUUCAAAUUGUGCCUGUAAAAUCUUUGCAAGAAGAUUUUGUCUUAGAACCACUAACUGUUUCAAAGAUUUUGUUGUCGCCAAUGAUUAAGAAACUAAUUGAUGCCUCGGUUGACGGGCUCAAGAGAGGCAAACAACCAAUUAGAUCAUCUGAGGGAUCUGGUGGUGCUUAUUUCAUGCCAGAUUCUUCCGGUCAGGACUAUAUUUCUGUUUUCAAGCCUAUAGAUGAGGAGCCCAUGGCUGUAAAUAAUCCUCAAGGGCUACCCUUGUCCACAAAUGGUGAAGGGCUUAAGAAAGGAACCCGAGUAGGGGAAGGUGCGCUAAGAGAAGUUGCGGCAUAUAUUUUGGAUCAUCCAAAGGGAGGACCACGUUCAUUUCAUAGUGACGAGAAAGGCUUUGCAGGGGUUCCUCCCACAGUAAUGGUUAAAUGUCGGCAUAAAGGAUUUAAUUAUCCAGAUGGUUAUCAAUAUGCAUCUGAUAAGAUUGGGUCAUUGCAGAUGUUCGUGAAAAACUUGGGUAGUUGCGAGGAAAUGGGUCCUCGUGCCUUUCCUGUUGAAGAAGUUCACAAGAUAUCCAUCCUCGACAUAAGGUUGGCAAAUGCAGACAGGCAUGCCGGAAACAUUUUGGUUCACAGAGAGGGUGAAGAAGGUAGAAUUGUGCUUAUUCCAAUUGAUCAUGGUUACUGCUUGCCGGAAAAUUUUGAAGAUUGCACAUUUGACUGGCUCUACUGGCCUCAAGCUCACCAGCCCUUUUCUCCUGAUACCGUUGCUUACAUAAAGUCCCUGGAUGCCGAUAAAGAUAUUCAACUUCUGAAGUUAUACGGCUGGAACAUUCCACGUGAGUGUGCACGUGUGUUUCGCCUUUCCACCAUGCUUCUGAAGAAAGGUGCAGAGAGAGGGCUCACUCCCUUUGCAAUAGGAAGCAUUAUGUGUCGGGAAAUAUUGAGGAAGGAAUCUGUAAUCGAGAAGAUUGUUCAAGAAGCACAAGAAGCAGUGCUCCAGGGAGCAAGCGAAUCAGGAUUCCUUGAAUCUGCAUCACUUAUCAUGGAUCGUUACCUGGACGACUUUCCCUGUAAGACUCCAGAAUAACAACUGUAAAAGUAGUUCGUGCAUAUUUUGUAUGGUAUGUUAUAGUACGUUUGCAAGAUGGACUGGACAAUACUUAUCAGGGUUGUUACCUUGAGGGGUUCUCCCCCAAGACUGCAAAGUAAAUGCAUAAAUCUAUAUGGAUGCAUAUAUUUAUGUGAA